AUGUCAGAAGGAAACAAGACUCUGGUGACUGAGUUUGCUCUUACAGGACUCACAGAGUGACCAUGGCUGCAGGUCCUCCUCUUCAUUGUGUUCUUGGUCAUCUACCUCACCACCAUGCUGGGCAACCUUGGACUGAUGGCUCUUAUUUGGAAGGAUGCCCACCUUCACACACCCAUGUACUUGUUCCUUGGUGGUUUAGCCUUUGCAGAUGCUUGCACUUCAACCUCUGUAACACCCAGGAUGCUGGUCAAUUUCUUAGACAAGACUGCCAUGCUAUCCAUAGCUGAGUGUAUCACCUAAUUUUAUUUUUUUGCUUCCAGUGUAACUACAGAAUGUUUCCUCCUGGUAGCGAUGGCCUAUGACCACUAUGUAGCCAUACGUAACCCCUUGCUUUAUCCAGUGGUGAUGUCCAACAGACUCUGCACUCAUUUUAAAAGUAUGUCAUAUGCAAUUGCUUUUCUGCAUCCCCUGAUUCAUGUGAGUUUAUUAUUAAGAUUAAUUUUCUGUGGUUCUAAGAUAAUACAUUAUUUCUAUUGUGAAAUUUUACAACUGUUCCAAAUUUCAUGCAAUGACCCACCCGUUAAGGCACUAAUGAUAACUAUUUUUGCAGCUUUUAUACAAAUAUCCACUUUAAUGACCAUGAUAAUCUCUUAUACUUGUGUGCUCUUUGACAUUCUGAAAAAAAAGUCUGAAAAGGGCAGAAGCAAAGCCUUCUCCAUGUGCAGUGCCCAUCUGCUCUCUGUCUCAUUGUACUAUGGCACGCAUUUCAGGUAUGUGCACCCUGCAUCGGGCCUAGCUGAAGAUCAGGACAAAAUGUAUUCCCUAUUUUAUACGAUUAUAAUUCCCCUGCUAAACACAUUUAUUUACAGCUUGAGAAAUAAAGAGGUUAUAGGUGCCUUGAGAAGAGUUUCAAAGAAGUAA